CGUAAUGUUUCUAAAUUCAGUGCAUGAACAUGGCUCGGUGUUACAACCUAGAUUUUGCAUGUAGCGUUAAUUUUAUUUUUUGUUCUUUAAGUUUAUAUUAAAAAAUGUGCCUUGAAUGUACAUAACUACUACUAUGUAUAAAGAUUACUUACAUUAAACUACACUUAGGCGCGCCCCAGCCUCUUUUAUAACAAGUGCUCGAACAGUGAUACCUGUCUAGUUGGGUUUCCUAUGUUGCUGAACAACUUUUUUUUAUGAAAAGUCAAUUCUGGACAGAUAUGAUUUCAGGUUCCUUAUUUUGUUGAUGAAGAGACAGGUUGGGGACUGGAGGUUGACAAGCUUAAGAAACAAUUGGAGUAGUAGGCUCAGUCUAAGGGUAUCACUGUUAGAGCACUUCUUGUUAUAAAUCCACGAAACCCAACUGGACAGGUUCUUGCUGAGGAAAAUCAAAAGAAAAUUGUCAAAUUCUGCAAAAAUGGACUUGUUCUUCUUUCAGAUGAGGUCUUGUAAGUUGCUUGUUGAUUCGUUCCCUGGCAGUUGUACCAAGAAAACAUAUAUGUCGAAGACCAGCAAUUCCAUUCUUUCACAAAGAUUGCACAAUCAAUGGGAUACACUGAUGAUGAUCUUCCCUUGGUUACUAUGGAGAAUGUGGAAAACGAGGAGGCUAUAUGGAAGUAACCAUGCUGGGGACGAAUCUUAUGAAUCCUUUUAUGGUAGAGAAAGAUGGGAUCCUCUCAUCACUGGCUCGACGUGCAAGGUUUGUCCUACUUGUUGCAAGAAUGGUCAGUUGUAAACAGUAUUCACUGCUACUGUCUUUUGAUCAAAAAAACAAUAUUCACUGCUGGAACUGUAAAUUUGGAACUACUGCCACUUCUCUUGUGGGUUAUUGUAAAACUGAAAAAAUAUCCAAAGUAUUGCUAGCUUAUGGAAUCCUAAGCGGUGAAUGGUUUGUACAUAUUCUAGAAAUCCUUUGGUGGUAUUUUUUUUUUCAAUUCCUUUCUUGA